AUGAAUUGGAUCGCUCGCCUCGCCUUUGCGGGCCUCAUUGGCACCGCCAGCGCAAAGAGCAAGCAUAAACCGACUGACUUCGACUGGGACACGAUCACACCGACACAUCAACUCGAGUACCACCCAUGCUACGACGAAUACAAUUGCACGCGUCUCAUCGUUCCUCUCGACUGGCUCGAUGAAGGCAACCCGCACACGGUCGCAUUGGCCAUCAUCAAACUCGCGGCCAAGGUGCCCGACUCGGACCCGGCAUUCGGCGGCACCAUCUUCGCAAACCCCGGCGGCCCCGGCGGCUCCGGCAUCCAACUCAUGCUAUCCGAGGGCCACAUCUUCCAGGACACAGCCGACACCGAUCGCAAGAAGUAUGAGAUCCUCAGUUGGGACCCGAGAGGCGUGCAAUUCACUUCGCCAAAGGCCGAAUGCUUCGAAGACCAGUUGGCUAGGGGGACUGACAAGGUCCAACGUCUGGCCAUCGGGCCGCUGGACGCCAGCCCGGACGCACUGAGGAGGCAGUGGGCCAGGAUUCACGGGUACGGAAAGUUAUGUUCGCAGGGCGCGGUGAACGGCUCGAUCAUCCCCUUUGCGACUACGGCUUCCACCGUGCGGGACAUGGUUGCGAUUCUGGACAAGAUCAAGGAGCUCCGGGAUGACGAGGCAAUCGCUCGGGUCGAUGGCGGAGGCGGAGGCGUACAAAAGCCGAUGCAGUUUCGCGACGAGGAGCCGUUGAGAAUGCUGUACUGGGGGUUCUCAUACGGCAGCUUCCUCGGGAACACGUUUGCCUCCAUGUUCCCGGGCCGCGUCGGUCGAAUCAUCGUCGACGGCAUCGUCGACGCGGAUGACUACGUCGCUGGCGGCUGGAAGACAAAUCUUCAGGACACGGAGAAGCUCAUCGAGUAUUUCUACAAAACAUGCUUCACGUCUGGGUCCAAAUGCGCCCUUCACCGAUCGGAAGACAAGAAGUGGGAAGAUAUCCGUUCGCGCGUCCUCGCGCUCGCCAAGCGCUUGGACAAUGAUCCCUACUCCACGGUGAAAGGGAAGGUCAUCAGCACCUUGACCGGCUACGACGUCAUCGACGCCUUCAAGCAACCCAUGUAUCACCCUUUCACGAAGUUUCUGACCCUCGCCGAAAGACUCAAUUCCGCGAUCGAGGGUAACUACACCGGCCUCCUCGAAAACGCGACCGAAGACAUUCCUCCCCUCGAUGGAGUCUGCCUCGCCCCCAACGCAACCCUUCCAGUGCCUUCCACAACCGGCGACGGAGGGCAAGCCAUCCUCUGCGGCGACGCCGAAGACGCAACCAACAUGACGAUGGCAGACUACCGGGCCUACGUCUCGGAGCUCGUCGAACAGUCUCCGACCUUUGCCGGGUACUGGUCGCAGAUCCGAUUCGCGUGCACGGGGUGGGACGUCAGGCCGAAGUGGCGCUACACGGGACCCUUCUCGACGCCCGAGCACGACCCGGCCGUGGUGGAGGGGAAGCCGGCGGCGCCGCUGCUGUUCAUGUCCUCGAGGCUGGAUCCCGUGACGCCGUUGCGGAAUGCGUACAAGAUGAGCGCGCGGCACCCGGGGUCGACUGUGGUGGUUCAAGAGUCUGUCGGGCAUUGCGCCGCAGAGACUGGGAGCAAGUGUUCGAAGGAAAUCAUUCAGAAGUAUCUAGAGCACGGGAUUGUUCCUGAGGAUGGGACGGUUUGUGAACCCGAUUGUGAUCCCUGGGAUGGAGACGACUGCCUGCCGUCGACCAAGGGGAUCAGGGUGGCCGGGUUGGGCCCGUCUCCGGAGAUGCUUAUCUCAUGGUGA